AGCUGUGAUUGGGCGGAAUUGUCACGACCCGGGUCAAAGGGCGCAAUUGACAGCUCGAUGGACCAAUGGUUGGCGCAAACAUGAGCCCAAACGCAAAUGACAGUGAGGCCAACGGAAGUGAGAGAGCUUAACUUUGCAACAGCAGCAAAGCAUUGGGUCAGAGAACAUGGAUGUAUGGCUCCGGACAUAUUAGUGUCGUGUUAGCCUCUGGGAUGCAGACAUGUAUAACAACACCGAGCUACUCGAGGAGCAGAAGUCCAUGGACCGAAGUGGCGACCCGAGCAGCCCCAUCAGCGUCAUAUUAGUCAGCUCGGGCAGUCGAGGAAACAAGCUGCUCUUCCGCUACCCCUUCCAGAGGCUCGCAGAAUGUCCGUCGUCCCCAGCUAAACAACGAAGUCCAUAUGCAUUGGUGAACACAACUGGGGAUGUGCUUGAAGAUCAGGAUGGAGAUUCAAGGGAGCAAACUCCACUAACUGACGAACAGUUGGUGUCAGGGUUCUCUGACAUUAUCCUUGCCACAAUCCUGGCCACCAAGUCUGACAUUUGUGGGAAGAAGUUUGAGCUGAAAAUAGACAAUGUGCGUUUUGUGGGCCACCCUACUCUCCUCCAGCACCCGCACAUCAUUCAGGUUUCCAAAUCGGAUCCUUCUCCAAAGAGGGAAAUGCCGACCAUGAUCCUGUUUAGUGUGGUGUUUGCCCUGAGGGCCAACGCGGACCCCUCGGUUAUCAGCUCCAUGCACAAGCUGUCCCGCCGCAUCGCCAUAGCCCUGCAGCACGAGGAGCGGCGCUGCCAGUACCUGACCCGCGAGGCCAAGCUGAUGCUGGCGGUGCAGGACGAGAUCCCCAACGUCACAGAGACUGAUGAAAGCCCCCAGUCUCCUUUCCGGCAAAUUCUUCCUAAAUGUAAGCUGGCCCGGGAUCUGAAGGAGGCUUAUGACAGUCUUUGCACCACCGGAGUAGUGAGACUACACAUCAACGAUUGGCUGGAAGUGAGCUUCUGUUUACCUCAUAAGAUCCACCGGAUUGGAGGCAAUUACAUUCACCCAGAGGCGUUGGAACAAAGUCUCAAAGCAAUAAGGCCGUACCACGCUCUGUUGCUGCUGGACAGCGAGAAGGCCCUGUUAAACCAGCUACCUCUGGACUGCUCCCCUGCUGUGGUUCGCCUCAUUAAGACCUGCUCACCCGUCAAGAACCUGCAGCAGCUUGCCCAGGACGCCGACCUAGCCUUGCUUCAGAUAUUUCAAAUUGCUUCACACUUGGUAUACUGGGGCAAAGCCAUCAUCAUCUACCCAUUGUGUGAAAAUAACGUCUACAUGCUGUCCCCGCAUGCUGACAUCUGCCUGUACUCCCCCCUGGCCCAGCUGUUUGCUGAACAGUACCCCAAUCACGACCUGCCGUCCGUUCUGGCCAAAUUCUCCCUGCCCUACUCACUAGCAGAGUUCAGACACCCUCUGGAGGCCCCUGUGCAUGAGGCCCAGCUGAUCCAGAUGGUGGUGUGGAUGCUUCAGCGGCGCCUACUGAUCCAGCUGCACACCUACGUCUGCCUGCUGGUGGCGCCCAGCGAAGACGAGCCCGGCAAGGAGCAGGAGCCCCCCCUGGUGGCCAGGGUGGGGGGCCGCAGCCUCAGCACCCCCAGCGCACUCAGCUUUGGGUCCCCGACCAGCAGUGACGACAUGACACUGACGAGCCCCAGCAUGGAGAACUCGAGCGCUGAGCUGCUGCCCGGGGGAGAGUCCCCCAUGAACAAGAGGAUGACCGAGACGCUGCUGGCCAGCCUGACGGAGCACGAGAGGCAGGUGAUCCUCAGCAUCCCGGCCGCACAGAACCAGGAGGACCUCCGCCUGUUCGCCAGGCUGCUGCACUACUUUCGAGGUCACCACCAUCUGGAGGAGAUCAUGUACAACGAGAACAUGCGCCGCUCGCAGCUCAAGACACUGUUCGACAAAUUCCGCAGCGUGCUUGUUGUCACCAACCACGAGGAUCCCAUCGUGUCCAUCUUCCAGUCCCCCACGGAGGCUACAGCGUGAAGGGGAACCCGGUCUGCCACACUGGAAGCAGGCUCUGCUUCUGGAACAUCUCCAUCAACGAGAGACGACUACGCACAACAAUGUGUCAAAACUUUUGCCUUCCGGGGAAUGACAUAUUAAUGUGUUGACGUGAAUAAAUUAUUUUAUACAUAUUA